AUGCUCUUCUGUUUAUAUACUGAAAGGAAUGUUGGACGAAAGGUCCCUGGUUACUCAAGGGGUAGUAAUUCAUGUUCACCGCCAGUAUUUCCUCUCCGUAGCAUCACUGAGCUAUUACAGGUGCCUGCGCGACAAGACCAGCCAACUCUGCAUCCCGAGAAGAAAGAUAGGGCACUUUGGAUUUCCAUCGACAAUGAGGUCAAAUAUGACAUUAAAAGGGCUUUUACCAAUGAUUUUGAUGGACUUUGGUGGAAUUUUGGUGAGGUUUGGCAAGAGCCGCAAGACAAAUGGUGGUCUGAUUUGGUGAUGGAUAACUAUGAUCCCAUUGAUCCACCAGUCGUUGUUCUUCUCUCUCAAGCUCGUUAUGAGAGGGAUCUGCUCAAUUGGACUGGAGCUGUCAAUCUUAUGAGCCAGCAGCUACUGAUUGCCUCAAUCGAUCCUUCCCCUUCUUCACCUCUCAGCACCAACGUGCAGAUGAAUAUAGUCUAG